AAAUACUAGCGCUUACAUAUCACGCCUGGUCCAACUGUAGAGAUUCAAUAUGCAUCGAAUACUCGAUCACCUAUUGGCACAUCUCUCCCGUGCCUAGAGAAAGCCAAGCAGUGAACAUAUUAAGGCUUGUAGAGGUGGUCUGCAGAAUAGCCAGAUGGCGUCCAAGUAUAUAUGCCUUAGCAUUUGCCCUGGCAUAUGCAGGUCCCUUCACACCUUACUUCUACUUUGAGCUUAACAAAUUAUCCAGAAUCACCACUUUAUACCUUAUUGUCUUCAGUGGGAUAUAGCCAAUAUGCCACACGAAACACCCGCCCCCGUGACCACAGCCCUCGAACCUUUUCAGGUCCUCAGCAAAAUCCUAGAUUUUGCAAAUGACGACCAACGAGACUGGUGGCACAGUACCGGUCCCAUGUUUGCCAAAGUCCUCAAGGAUGCAGGCUACAAUAUCCAUGCCCAAUACUCAUACCUAUGCCUGCACCACAAGUGCGUGGUGCCGUAUCUGGGUCCCUAUCCAACAAACAGUCAAAGCCGGUGGAUGAGCAUCCUCAGCCGGUUUGGUCUACCUUAUGAAUUGAGCUUGAACUGCUCUGACUCAGUUGUACGGUUUGCGUUCGAGCCUAUCGGCCCGUUGUCCGGGACUGAGCAGGAUCCAUUCAAUGCACAUGUCAUCUGGGAAUGUCUCGGGAAACUGGUCCAGCUGGGUAGUGGAAUUGACCUCCAGUGGUUCACACAGUUCAAGAAGGAUCUGGUCCUGGAUGAUGAGGAAACGAGGUUCGUCAAGGAGAACGGUCUGGACGAGGGCCAAGUCUUGACUCAGAACAAAUUGGGCGUGGAUCUGAAGGGAGGAAAGUUCGAAGUCAAAAUGUACAUGUAUCCUUACCUUAAAUCGGUUGCCACUGGUAUUCCGAUUGAGCAGCUGGUGUUUGACUCGGUGCGAAGAGUGGAUCAGGACCGGAGGUUGGCAGUUCCACUAUCCAUUCUGGAAGAAUAUAUCAACUUCCACAAGCACAAGACACUGUCCACCCGUCUCAUAUCCUGUGACUUGGUUGAUCCUAGUCGAUCGCGCAUCAAGAUCUAUGUGGCCGAGCAGACAGUGGACUGGAUGCACCUGGAAGACCUCUGGACACUUGGUAACCGGCGCCGAGACCCCAUUACCAUUAGUGGCUUGCAGCAGCUCCGUGAGCUGUGGGAUCUCCUGAACAUCCCUGAAGGGCCUUGUUACUUCCCAGAUGGCGGCUAUCUGGAACUCGGUGCCAAAGUUAAGGAGCGACUUCCUUUGCUAGCCAAUUACACCCUCCACCCGAAUGACACCUACCCAGCACCGCAGAUCUAUUUCCACACAUUUGGUGUAGGCGAUGCGGCGGUUGCCGACGCCAUCGCUACGUUCUGUGAACGAAGAGGUUGGACAGAAAUGGCCCAAACAUAUAAAGACAAUCUCUUCUCUUACUACCCAGACGGAGACACCCAGGAGAUGAACCAUCUUCAAUCACUGGUUUCAUUCUCUUACCGAAACCAAAAGGCUUAUUUGAGCGUAUAUUUGCACAGUUUUGAAACUGGAGGUUGGAGAAAGUCGUGGAUCAAUGACACGACGCAGGCACACCUUUAAGAUGUUACAUUAAACUGUUUUUAUGCCUUAUGUUCUAUGUUCAGACCGAGUAUAUUCCUGUGAACAGCGGAGUUCGU